CACCAAUCAAUAGAAAGAGCCGAAGAUGUUGACUCGGUCAUGUGAUCAGCUGUGUCCAAUCACAGCUAACCGCAUGCAUCCCUCAGAGGGGACAUGUACACUGAUCAUCAGGGCACAGAAGUGCCAACUGUCAGUGUCCAUCAAUGCCAGCUGUCAGUGCUCAUUAAUGCCACCUGCCAGUGCCCAUCAGUGGCACAUCAGUGCCCAUCUGAGCUGCCUUUCAGUGUCACCUAUCAGUACCAGUCAGUGCCACCUAUCAAUGUUAGUCAGUGCCACCUAUCAGUACUGCCAAUCAGUGCCGCCAGUCAGUGCCACCUAUCAGUGUGCAUCAAUGCCGCCUAUCAGUGCCCAUCAGUGCUGCCUAUCAGUGCCGCCUAACAGU